AUGAAAAGAACUUAAAUAUGCAAAAGAUCUAAAAUACCUUUGAUGAUCAUGAUCAGAAAUGCAACUGUCACCAUAAAUGAGGAUCAUAUUUCCAACAGUUGUAAUUACUGAUGGACCAAGACCGCACGUAUCGAUAGACAUAAAUGUUAUUUAUUUACUCAUGAGUUGACAGAUUUGCUGAGAAAAUCAUAAUUAUACUUGGCAAUAAAACACUAGGAAAUGCCCACAUCCGGAACUGAUGUUUUGUCGCUUUUGCACAGAUUCGAUGUUCUUUAUGCUUUGCUAGGUUUAAACGGAGAAGAACGUGAGUAACGUUUGUGGGCAAUGAGCUUGGUGAGGACAUGAAGAAAGUAUCAAGAAAGUCGGGAAGUAUGAGGUUGGCCAAACCAUCGGUGAGGGAACUUUCGCCAAGGUUAAGUUUGCACGGAACACAGAGACCGGCGAGAGUGUGGCCAUGAAAGUCUUGGCAAGGACCACCAUUCUGAAGCACAAAAUGGUUGAUCAGAUUAAAAGAGAGAUAUCGAUAAUGAAGAUUGUUGGGCAUCCCUAUAUAGUAAGGCUGCAUGAGGUUUUGGCUGGCACGACAAAGAUAUAUAUAAUUCUCGAGUUUGUAACUGGAGGACGGCUAUUUGAUAAAAUUGUUCACCAGGGAAAGCUUCCUGAAAAUGAACGCAGGGAAUACUUUCAACAGCUUAUAGAUGCAGUUGCUCAUUGCCACAAUAAGGGUGUGUACCAUAGAGACCUAAAGCCUGAAAAUCUUCUUCUUGAUGCAUGUGGAAAUAUUAAGGUUUUAGACUUUGGACUGAGUGCUUUGCCCCAGCAAGGGGUUGGCCUUCUCCGCACAACAUGUGGAACCCCAAACUAUGUUGCACCAGAGGUGCUCAGAAACCAGGGUUAUGAUGGUGGAGCUUCUGAUGUAUGGUCAUGUGGAGUCAUCCUCUAUGUUUUAUUGACUGGUUAUCUGCCAUUUGAUGAGAUAAACCUUCCAACUCUUUACAAAAAAAUAAAUGCAGCAGAAUUUUCUUGCCCGUUUUGGUUUUGUUUCGGGGUGAAGUCAUUGAUACAUAAGAUACUUGAUCCUAAUCCUAAAACACGCAUUCAGAUUGAAGGAAUAAGAAAAGAUCCGUGGUUUUGGAAAAACUAUGUUCCUGUAAAGCAUAGAGAAGUUGAGGAAGUGAAUUUGGAUGAUGUUUGUGCAGUUUUUGAUGAUAUUCAGGAUUAUGUUAAGCGGCAAACUCGUUUUGUUUCUCGCAAACCAGCAAAAUUUAUUACUUCAACUAUUGAAGCUAUUGCAGAAUCGAUGAGUCUCAAGGUUCAUACACACAAUUUCAAGACAAGGCUUGAAGGAAUAUCUGCAAAUAAGGCUGGACAAUUUGCUGUGGUCUUGGAAGUUUUUGAAGUUGCACCAUCUCUUUUCAUGGUAGAUGUUCGAAAGGCUGCUGGGGACACCCUUGAAUAUCACAAGAUAUUGGCCUUUAUUGCAUCUGAGACAGUUUCUGACUGGACCUUAACCAUCUUGCCUGGUUUUUUCUCAAUUGAUGCUACCUCUAAUAGUGACUUAAUACCAUUAGACGUUGUUCUUUACUUUCAUUACUUACCACUUGUCAAUUUCAACAUCAUUUCCGCUAGGCUUAAAUUUUUACCUCUUGUUUAUUGGUGUCAAUUGGACAACUAGCCAUCAGUGAUGGGUAUAUGGAGCUUCUACAAGUUGGAGACAUUUGGUUUGUUUUGUUAUGGCGCCCAAUGGUGCAAAACCUGCGCAAAUUCAACUUCUGAUCCUUUUGUAUGUCUAUCAAUUAUGGUAACAUCUUGUUGG